AUGUGGGUGGAGCUCCCGAGCCGCAGCUGGUGGACGCACGUUCAGGGUCAGUACCUGGACCCGGUGUUGGCUCAGUCGUCGGCGUCCCACCUGCUCGCUCUCCACCCGGACCACCAGCUUCUCUUCAGCCUGGAGUCCCCCCCCCCCCCGAAACACAAGCCUCAGGGGCGUCCGGGCCCAGCUGCAGCGCUCUCUCACAUCCGGCUCACGCACAGCAGCCAAGACUCACUGGCGAACAUUGACGAGGUGGAGACGGAGGUCGUGGAGAUCGAGGCCAAGCUAGAUAAGCUGGUGAAGCUAUGCAGCGGGAUGAUCGAGGCCGGGAAGGCGUACGUCAGCGCCAACAAACUCUUCGUCAACGGGAUCCGGGAUCUGUCUCAGCAGUGCAAGAAGGACGAGAUGAUCUCCGAGUUCCUGGAAAAGUGUGGGGAAAGCCUCCAGGAGAUCAUCAACUACCACAUGAUUCUGUUCGAUCAAGCUCAGCGUUCCGUGAAGCAGCAGCUGCACAACUUUGUGAAAGAGGACGUCCGGAAGUUCAAGGACACCAAGAAGCACUUUGACCGGGUGCGUGAGGACAUGGAGAUAGCGCAGGUGAAGAACGCUCAGGCGCCGAGGAACAAGCCUCACGAGGUGGAGGAAGCCACCAGCACGCUCAGCAUCACCCGCAGGUGCUUCCGACAUCUGGCUCUGGACUACGUGCUACAGAUUAACGUCCUCCAGGCGAAGAAGAAGUUUGAGAUCCUGGACGCGAUGCUGUCGUUCAUGCACGCCCAGUACUCGCUGUUCCACCAGGGCUACAACCUGCUGGAUGAGAUCGACCCCUACAUGAAGAAACUGGCGGCUGAGUUGGAUCAGCUGGUGAUCGACUCGGCCAUGGAGAAGAGGGAAAUGGAGCAUAAGCACGCCACCAUCCAGCAGAGGACCCUCAUGCAGGACUUCUCGUAUGACGACUCGAAGGUGGAGUUCAACGUGGAUGCUCCGAAUGGCGUGGUGAUGGAGGGCUACCUGUUCAAGAGGGCCAGCAACGCCUUUAAGACCUGGAACAGACGGUGGUUCUCCAUUCAGAACAGUCAGCUGGUCUAUCAGAAGAAGCUCAAGGACUCUCUGACGGUGGUGGUGGAGGAUCUGCGGCUCUGCUCUGUUAAACCCUGUGAGGACAUCGAGAGGAGGUUCUGCUUCGAGGUCGUGUCCCCCACAAAGAGUUGCAUGCUGCAGGCGGAAUCUGAAAAGUUAAGACAAGCCUGGAUUCAAGCAGUUCAAGCCAGCAUCGCUUCAGCCUACAGAGAGAGUCCAGACUCUUACUACAUCGAGCAUCUGGACAGAACCGCCUCUCCGUCCACCAGCAGCAUCGACUCGGCCAGCGAGCCACGGGACCGCAGCGCCCGGGGCGACACCAUCCUGCAGCGGAUCCAGAGUCUGCCGGGGAACGAGCGCUGCUGCGACUGCGGCCAGGCCGACCCGCGCUGGGCCUCCAUCAACCUCGGCAUCCUGCUGUGCAUCGAGUGCUCCGGCAUCCACAGGAGUCUCGGGGUUCAAUGUUCGAAGGUCCGCUCCCUCACGCUGGACACGUGGGAACCAGAACUAUUAAAGUUGAUGUGUGAGCUUGGGAACAGCGUCAUCAACCACAUCUAUGAAGGUUCGUACCAAGAACAAGGUCUGAAGAAACCAUCGCCCACCAGUUCAAGGCAGGAAAAAGAAACUUGGAUCAAAGCAAAGUAUGUCGAGAAGAAGUUCCUGAAGAAGAUGGGCUGCACGGAGAUCCUCAUCAACGGCGAGCGGAAGCCCGAGCGGCGGUGGAGCGUGAAGAAGUGCCGGCGCCACAACAGCGCCACCACCGUCCCCAAAACCCGGCGGAGAUACCGACAAGAGCCCGGAAGCACCUCCCCUUCGACCCUCUCCGCGGCUGCUGCGAAGUUCAGACGUGAUUCCCUGUUUUGUCCCGACGAGCUCGACACGCUCUUCUCCUACUUUGACACGGGAUCCGGACCUCGAAGUCUGAGCAGUGACAGCGGGUUGGGGGGCAGCACGGACGGCAGCACGGACAUCCUGGUGUUCGGCUCGGUGGUGGACAGCGUCACAGAGGAGGAGUGUGAGGUGUCCGAGGACUCGAGCGGCGAACCGGAGCUGGAGGCGGAGCCGGAGACGUCCGACCCGGAGGACAUACGGGACCUUCACCCCGGAGCGCUGCUGUACAAAGCCUCCAAGGCCCGGAACCUGCCCGUCAUGGCCGAGGCGCUGGCUCACGGCGCCGACGUCAACUCGGUCAACGACGAGGACGAAGGGAAGACGCCGCUCAUACAGGCGGUGAUCGGGGGCUCGUUGAUCGCCUGUGAGUUCCUGCUCCAGAACGCUGGCGACGUCAACCAGAGAGACGCCAGGGGGCGCUGCCCGCUGCAUCACGCCACGUAUCUGGGACACACGGGGCAGGUGUGUUUGUUCCUGAAGAGAGGGGCCACCCAGCACGACGGGGACGAGGACGGCCAGGACCCUCUGAGUAUAGCAGUGCAGCAGGCCAACGCAGACAUAGUCACUCUGCUGCGUCUGGCCAGGAUGAACGAGGAGAUGCGGGAGUCGGAGGGACCCUUCGGACAGCCAGGAGACGCCACGUACCUGGACAUCUUCCGGGAGUUCUCCCACAUGGCGUCCCACAACCCAGAGAAGCUGAAACGAAGGAGUGUGCACUUCCGACACUCCUUCAGGUAGUCGGCUCAGGAUCCGGAGCAACGUGACGUACUUGAAACGUGCAACAGCCACUUUCCAGAUAUCACUGUCCACCACCUCCACCACUUGAGGAAAGAUCACAUCAAUAAUACUGCUCUGUUAUUUCUACAGAGCAGUAAAGUGAAAGACAGUUCCGUGAUGCUGGGGGUUCGUUAUUAUUCAGUGUUUAGAUGAACUCAAUCAAAUCUGUGCUGUUCUCAGAUCAGACCUUUAUUUUGAUAGGAUUUUUUGCAUU